GAGCUGAAAAUGAAAAUCAGGUGGCGUCAAAAAGUCAGGUGCGGCUGGCCUGGCGGUGAUUCUCAGUGAAACUGAAACCAACCAACCAACCACUCAACAGUUCCUCUCUCUCUCUCUCUCUCUCGCGUCCGAUCAAACAUCCAUUUGCAGACGCGACGACGAGAGGAGAGCGAGAGCAAUCUCGGUCUCUGCCGCAUAAUCUCCCGGCGCGGCGUGCGCGGUUCGGCUUCGGAGGCGAGCAGAUGAGAGCGAAGGCGACUCGGGUCCGCUCCCUCGCCUCGGUUCUGCUGCUGCUGGCGAUCAUCAUCGCCGCGGGCGCGUCGACGGGGGAGGAGGAGGAGAUACGGUCGAAGCAGAGGCAGAGGCUCUCCGGGAUCAUCAUACCGGGGUUCGCCUCCGCUCAGCUUCGGGCUUGGUCCAUCCUCGACUGCCCUUACUCGCCGCUCGAUUUCAACCCUCUCGACUUGGUCUGGCUCGACACCACCAAGCUUCUUUCUGCUGUAAACUGUUGGCUUAAAUGCAUGCUUCUAGACCCUUAUAAUCAAACAGAUCAUCCUGAAUGUAAAUCACGCCCAGAUGGUGGUCUUUCUGCAAUUACAGAACUUGAUCCUGGUUAUAUUACAGUUUUUUUUUCUAUAGGUCCUCUUUCUUCAGUAUGGAAGGACUGGGUAAAGUGGUGCAUUGAAUUUGGUGUUGAGGCAAAUGCUAUCAUUGCUGUUCCAUAUGAUUGGAGAUUGUCACCAUCAAUGCUUGAGGAGAGAGAUCUCUACUUUCACAAGCUGAAGCUGACAUUUGAGACUGCACUAAAACUUCGUGGAGGGCCCUCAUUAGUGUUCGCACAUUCCUUGGGUAAUAAUGUUUUCCGCUACUUCCUGGAAUGGUUAAAGCUAGAAAUUGCUCCAAAACAGUAUCUUAAGUGGCUUGAUGAACACAUACAUGCCUAUUUCGCUGUCGCGGCUCCGCUUCUUGGUUCAACUCAGACUAUUGAGGCGUCACUUUCUGGAUUUACAUUUGGUCUUCCUAUUUCUGAGGGGACGGCGAGAUUGUUGUUCAAUUCAUUUUCUUCUUCCCUAUGGAUGAUGCCAUUUUCAAAGUAUUGUCAGACGGAUAAGGCAUACUGGAAGCAUUUUUCUUUGGGAAACAGCAGAGGUCAUCAUGCAUAUCAAUGUGACGAACAAGAAUAUCGAUCAAACUAUUCUGGAUGGCCGACAAAUAUAAUAAACAUUGAAAUUCCCUCUAUCCGUGGAGUUGACGCCUACCCAUCAGUUUCGGACAUUGCCGAUGUCAAUUUGUCAAAUAUGGAAUGUGGCCUUCCUACUCAGCUAUCCUUUUCAGCCAGGGAAAUAUCAGAUGGGACCUUCUUCAAAGCAAUUGAGGAUUAUGACCCAGAUAGCAAGAGACUUUUGCACCAAUUACAAAAGUCAUAUCAUGGAGAUCCUGUUUUAAAUCCACUUACACCUUGGGAGAGGCCGCCUAUAAAGAACGUCUUUUGUAUCUACGGGAUAGAUUCCAAGACUGAGGUUGGUUACUAUUUUGCCCCAAGUGGGAAACCUUACCCUGAUAACUGGAUCAUCACCGAUGUCAUUUAUGAAUUUGAAGGAUCUCUGCUAUCGAGAUCAGGGAAUGUGGUCGAGGGGAAUCCAGGAGCUACAAGCGGUGAUGAGACAGUAUCGUACCAUUCUCUCUCUUGGUGCAAGAAUUGGCUUGGUCACAGAAUAAACAUUACAAGAGCACCUCAGUCUGAGCAUGAUGGUUCAGAUGUACAAGUGGAAUUGAAUGUGGAGCAUCCCUAUGAUGAAGAUAUUUUUCCAAACAUGACAAGAUCUCCUAGGGUUAAAUACAUAACCUAUUAUGAAGAUGCUGAAAGCAUUCCAGGAAGGACAACGGCAGUUUGGGAGCUUGAUAAAGCAAACCACAGGAAUAUUGUGAGGUCCCCAGUAUUAAUGAGGGAAGUGUGGCUUCAGAUGUGGCACAAUAUCCAUCCUGAAGCAAAAACAAAAUUCGUUACGAAGGCUAAGCGUGGACCUCUAAGGGACAAUGACUGUUUCUGGGACUAUGGGAAAGCUCGGUGUGCAUGGCCUGAGUAUUGCGAAUACAGGUAUGUUUUUGGAGACGUUCAUCUUGGGCAGAGCUGUAGACUAAAGAAUUCUUCCUCCGAUCUUCUAUUGCAUUAUGUGUAGAUAAGAGGAAAUCAUUCCAGCUUUAUGGACUUCAAAUUAGCUUCUUCUGUUCCCUGUCCCGUUGUGUGAGCUCGGUUGCUGUUGUCUUAGUAAUGUUUUAUAUCCUCAGGUUUUUGUCAGUUGAUAUACUCCGCCAGCUCAUGCCGUUGGUAUGCUCUGGAUAGAUUCUUUCUAAUUACUGCUAAAGAAGACUUCUUUCAUAUGCUGCACGAGGAGGACCGCAUUUGCAACUUGGAUUUGAUCCAUUAGUUCAUUCCGAGUAAUCCCUAGAUUUUUACUCUUCAGCAAUAAUUCUUGUAUACCGUACUAUUGUUUUAGAAAACAGUGGCACUCGGCAGUGCGCCAAUGUACCUUACAACAGGGUCUAGGUAUAGGCAUUGAACCACAAUUAGCAUAGCUGCAUCAGCCCCAAGUGAGAAGGCGUGGGAAGAUCUCUACAACCCUGAGCUAGCUUUAAAUGUUUCCUUGUACCCGAAUUGGUCAAUGUUCGUCGGUCCAGCUUUUUGUAUGAAUAAAAGGGAGAUGUUCCCAAGUUUUCCCUCUCAGUUUUAGCUGUUACUUUGCUU